GCGGACUGAAGUUUGCAGAGAUCUGCAUCCACACACGUGUGUUGCUGUAACUGACAUCUGUGCCGACCCUCCAAAGGCUUCCGUCAGAUCACAGGAGAAUGUUCCUGCCCUACUCGGUGCUUAUCCUCGCUGCCUUUGGGUAUGCGUGUGCGACCCAAGCGCCAACGAAUACCCCAUGCCCACCUCAGUGCCACUGUGAGGAAGAUGGCAUUCUACUGUGGGUCGAUUGCUCAGAACUCGGGCUUGUGACGAUACCGGAGAACAUAAGCGCGCUGACGUCUUACCUCGACUUGAGCAUGAACAAUAUCAAUGACCUGCAGCCGAAUUCUUUUGAAGGGCUUCACUUCUUAGAAGAGCUACGGCUGUCUGGAAAUCACCUAGCACAGAUCCCCAUUGAUGCUUUUGCCGGUCUCUACAAUUUGAAAGUCCUAAUGUUACAAAACAACCAGCUGAAGAGACUCCCAUGUGAAGCGCUGUGGGAUCUACCCAACCUCCAAUCACUACGCCUGGAUGCAAACCUGAUUUCAGACAUACCUCAGGACAGCUUUGAAGGCUUGCAGUCCCUUCGGCAUCUCUGGCUCGAUGAUAAUGCCCUGACUCAGAUUCCUGUUCAAGCGCUCAACAACCUGCCAUCACUUCAGGCCAUGACACUCGCUCUCAACAAAAUAGCAUACAUCCCUGAUUCAGCAUUUGUCAACUUGUCAAGCCUAGUUGUACUGCAUCUGCACAACAACAAUAUUCAGUCGCUUGGGACGAAUUGUUUCGAUGGACUCCACAGCUUAGAAACACUAGACCUGAAUUAUAAUGACUUGGCUGAAUUCCCUGUAGCCAUCAGAACCUUGAGCAAACUUCAGGAACUCGGAUUCCACAAUAAUAAUAUCAAAGCAAUCCCAGAGAAAGCUUUUGUUGGAAAUCCACUACUUCAGACAAUUCAUUUUUAUGAUAAUCCGAUCCAGUUUGUGGGGAAAUCAGCCUUUCAGUAUCUGCCGAAGCUUCACACCUUGUCACUAAAUGGAGCAAAUGAAAUAAAGGAAUUCCCGGACCUUAAAGGAACAACCAGCCUGGAAAUACUGACUCUGACUCGAGCUGGAAUAACCUCACUUCCCAGGGGACUCUGCCAACAACUCCCAAAUCUACGAGUAUUGGAAUUAUCAUACAAUCGAAUUCAUAUAUUACCAAGUUUCCACAAUUGCCAGAAGCUUGAAGAAAUUGGCCUACAGCACAAUAGAAUCACUGAAAUCAGAGCUGACACAUUUCAACAACUAAUGGCUCUACGAUCUCUGGAUCUUAGUUGGAAUGAUAUAGCAGUCAUUCACUUUGAUGCCUUUGCCUCAUUACGAUCAUUAAAAAAAUUGGAUCUGACAUUCAAUCGGCUUUCCUCUCUCCCUUUGAAUGGUCUAAGUGGACUGACACAUCUGAAGCUGAAAGGAAAUCUUGCACUAUCAGAAUCCUUUCCAGAAGAAAAUUUUCCCAAGUUAAGGGUGCUGGAAAUGCCAUUUGCCUAUCAGUGUUGUGCGUAUGGUUCCUGCAAAAAUAGUCACAAACCGCCCAACCUGUGGGAUUCAGAUGUUGCUAUUCGUGAUGAUGAAGAUGGCCAGAAAAGAGCAAUGGGAGUAUUUUCCAUCCAGCCAGAAAGCAACUAUUACUUGCAUAUGGAUGGUUUUCAGUUUGAUAUGGAAGAUCCCAAACUGCAUCUCAGUAUUCAGUGUACACCUGAUCCAGGUCCAUUUAAUCCAUGUGAAUAUCUGUUUGAAAGCUGGAUAAUUCGUCUUGGAGUUUGGGGAAUAGUCCUUAUCUCUGUAGUUUGCAACGGACUAGUCAUCACAACUAUAUUUGCAUCACCUAGCUAUCUAUCUCCAGUGAAAUUUGUUAUUGGCUUGAUAGCAGGAGCCAACAUGUUAACAGGGUUGUAUAGCGGCACAUUAGCAAUUGUUGACGCAAUGACUUUUGGACAAUUUGCAAAACAUGGUGCAAAAUGGGAAACUGGAUUGGGAUGCAGAAUCACUGGAUUUGUAUCUGUAUUUGCCUCAGAAGCAUCGAUACUAUUCCUGACUCUUGCAGCUGUUCAGUGCAGUAUCUCAGUGUCUUGUGUCCGUGCGUAUGGGAAAUCACCAUCUUUCGGCAGUGUGAAAGUAGCUGCCUUUUGUUGCACAAUCCUAUCAUUCAGUGCAGCUGCACUGCCUCUAUGCUCAGUUGGAGAAUUUGGAACCUCACCACUCUGUCUCCCAUCACCUAUCCCUGGUGGAAAGCCUUCUACUCUGGGCUUCAUGGUAGCUCUGAUCAUGAUGAAUACCCUUUGCUUCCUUGUUAUAACUGGGACUUACACUAAACUUUACUGUGAUCUGAUGAAAGGGGAAUUUGAUAGCAUCUGGGACUGUGCCAUGAUUAAGCACGUGGCUUGGUUGAUCUUCACCAACUGCAUUCUAUAUUGCCCUGUAGCCUUCCUUACAUUCUCUUCCUUGCUCAAUCUUUUCUUAAUCAGUCCGGAAGUAAUUAAAUCAAUCCUACUUGUGGUUCUUCCACUGCCUGCUUGCCUAAACCCCUUGCUUUAUCUGUUAUUCAAUCCACAUUUCAAAGAGGAUCUUCGCAUGCUCCGUGAGUGCAAGUGGCAAAAAAAGUGCCAAUCGAAACCAGUCAGCAUAGAUUCCCUCAGUUCAGAAGACAUCGACAAGCAGUCAUGCGAUUCCACUCUGGCACUGAUGACCUUUGCAGAUAAUGAAAUCAUCCUUGAUUCAAACGAAAGCCUUGGGGUCCUGUCAAGUCAUCGUCAGAUGAUGGAGGCCUAUCCCUUUCCACCUGUAACUCUAAUUCCAUGUCAACAGAUGAAAGGCAAAGAAGAAGGUUACUCAACACAACAAUCCCAUCUCACUGAUGAAGAGCUUCUAAUUUCUUCAGAAAUCACAGCGCAAGCACCUAACAACAUUCCAAUCAGAUUCUAUCCAACCAAAGGACCUUCCUUUACAUCGAAUGUAUAAAUGCUGGGAUGCCAUAAUCCCAAGAGAGCUACAACUGUUGGGAAUCACAUGAUGAUAUAAAGAACUGAUUAAGAGAACACUAGAUGACAAAACAAGAUUAUGAUAUCGCAAUCAUCUGCAAAAAUUAGUCAACAAAGAGCAAUGUCUUAAAUUUAGUUAAGUAAUGGAUAGGCAGGAGUUAGUUACAGACGUAUACUGGUCUUCAAGUGGUUUUUGGCUACUAUACAGUAUGUGAACUAUUAACUGCACAUUGCAGCCAGAAACCAAUGAACCACAUACUGCAGGCUUAAAAAAGUCAUUGCAAGAUGUUAAGAAAUAGUUCCUUUCUCAUUACUAAAUUAAUUAAAGGGAAAAUCUAUUAGCACUUGAAUCAUGGGAGUCCUAAUGAACCAAUGUAAAUGCAUUCUAUGUUGAAAACGUGCAUGGAACCUAUUGGCAGCUUGCUGAGUUAUAUGACAAUAUAAUGUUAUGUACAAUCUACAUUAUAUUUUUACAUUAUUAAUAUGACAAAUUACCCAAGCAAAGGGUAAAUAGUUAAAUUGUUCAUCUCAUAUUAUUUUCCGAUAAAAAAGCAUGAGUACAUGAUGGCUUUAAAAUGCUGAAUUUUUAUAUUUUGGUAUCUUUGUAGAAGUAAAUGUUAAAUGAACAAUAGAAAUAUAUUUAUUGCAAUAGAAAACUUUCUCCAUAGAGACCUUUAUAAAUCCUUCUUUUUCAUAUAAUUGGACCGCUGAACAGAUGAUGUAUAGUAAAACUACCUCUUACUAGUACACUAUAUAUCGCUUUACUGACAAAAAUGUUACUUUUUACUGCUUAGUUGUAAAAAUAUUGAGUUAUUUGGAUGUACAUAUUUUAUGUACUGUACUCUGUUUUUAAGA